GCAGUCUAUACAUCAUGAAGCCGAAUUUCAUCGCUGUGGCUGUUCUAUACGUGCUCAUUUUAUUAGAAGUAGAUGUUUCCGGUGUACAUGGGAAAUCCAUGAGAGAAUAUGUUCAACGGGCAAGUGUUAUUGGCCAGAAGUUGAUUGUUGAUGCAUCAUCCGAUGUGGCUGUCACUACAUAUAUACCCGACCUCACAGACGUGUCAGCUUGUUUGUGGUUGAAAACUAAAGAAACCAACGACGGAACACCAAUAUCCUAUGCUAUCAGCGAGGAGUUCAACGAGUUGAUCCUUUUUGAUACCGGUAAUUUGAGAGUUUAUGUACGAGGCAAAAAUGGUGGCAAAAGUGGUAUUGCUGUGAAUGAUGAUGAUUGGCACCAUUUGUGUGUCACGUGGUCAUCUAGUGGAGGACUGUGGAAUAUCUAUGAUGAUGGUCAUUUAGCUGCAUCCGGAUCGGGUCUCCAGAGUGGUGAUGCCAUCCGAGGAGGCGGUGUCAUGACCCUUGGACAGGAACAAGACAGCCUACGUGGUGGAUAUGAUUCUAAACAAGCAUUAAAAGGAGAGCUUGCGUUCUUCAAUAUGUGGAGCAGAAUUCUGACUGAUAAUGAAAUAGGCCAGCUGGCUACAGACUGUAAUGGUGAGACAGAUGGUGACCUGUUUGCAUGGAGUUUGGGUAAUCUUGACCUUGGUGGCAGUGUUAACACUCUCCCAGCUGAUAUAUGUCUUGAAUGGACAGGUGAUGAGAAGUUAGUUGUUGAUGUUUCAUCGGAUGUGGCUGUUACCACACCCAUUCCCGAACUCACAGACGUGUCAGCUUGUUUGUGGUUAAAAACUAAAGCUACCAACGACGGAACACCAAUAUCCUAUGCUAUCAGUGGAGAGUUCAACGAGUUGAUCCUUUUUGAUACCAGUAAUUUGAGAUUUUAUGUACGAGGGGGAAAUGGUGGCAAAAGUGGUAUUGCCGUGAAUGACAAUGAUUGGCACCAUUUGUGUGUCACGUGGUCAUCUAGUGGAGGACUGUGGAAUAUCUAUGAUGAUGGUGCUUUGGCUGCAUCCGGAUCAGGUCUCCAGAGUGGUAAUGUCAUCCGAGGAGGCGGUGUAAUGACCCUUGGACAGGAACAAGACAGCUUACGUGGUGGAUAUGACUCUAAACAAGCAUUAAAAGGAGAGCUUGCCUACUUCAAUAUGUGGAGCAGAAUUCUGACUGAUGCCGAAAUAGGACAACUGGCAACAGAGUGUAAUGGCGAGACAGAAGGAAACCUUUUUGCGUGGAGUUCCGGUAAUCUAGACCUUGAUGGUAGUGUUGGAACUCUCCCAGCUGAUAUAUGUCUUCAGUGGUCAGGUGAUGAGAAGUUAGUUGUUGAUGAAUCAUCGGAUGUGGCUAUUACCACGCCCAUUCCCGAACUCACAGACGUGUCAGCUUGUUUGUGGUUAAAAACUAAAGCUACCAACGACGGAACACCAAUAUCCUAUGCUAUCAGUGGAGAGUUCAACGAGUUGAUCCUUUUUGAUACCAGUAAUUUGAGAGUUUAUGUACGUGGGGAAAAUGGUGGCAAAAGUGGCAUUGCUGUGAAUGAUGAUGAUUGGCACCAUUUGUGUGUCACGUGGUCAUCUAGUGGAGGACUGUGGAAUAUCUAUAAUGAUGGUGCUUUGGCUGCAUCCGGAUCGGGUCUCCAGAGUGGUAAUGUCAUCCGAGGAGGCGGUGUAAUGACCCUUGGACAGGAACAGGACAGCUUACGUGGUGGAUAUGACUCUAAGCAAGCAUUAAAAGGAGAGCUUGCAUACUUCAAUAUGUGGAGCAGAAUUCUAACUGAUGCCGAAAUAGGCCAACUGGCUGCAGAGUGUCAUGGCCACACAGAAGGUGAUCUGUUUGCUUGGAGUUCGGCGGAUAUUGACCUUGAUGGCAAUCCUGAGAAACUUCCAGCUGAUAUAUGUCCACCAACAACCAAAGCACCGACUACUACUACUGCAGCACAAACUACUGCAGUAAAAACAACUGGCGCACCAACUACAGCUGCACAACCAACUGACGCACCUACUACUGCAGCAAAAACAACUGCUGCUCUAACUACUGCAGCAAAAACAACUGCUGCACUAACUACUGCAGCAAAAACAACUGCUGCACUAACUACUGCAGCAAAAACAACUCCUGCAGCACAAACAAAUGCCGCACCAAUCACAGACUGCAUAACCCCAGCUCUUGUGAAUAUUGCUGUUGGCAAAUCUGUUGCCCAGAGCUCAACCAAAAAAACCGAGACAGAUGCAGGUCGUGCUGUUGACGGGGACAAGAACAGUGAUUUGGAAGCCGGGUUAUCCUGCACGCAGACGGAAAAAGAAUAUCAACCAUGGUGGAAGGUAGAUCUUGGAGAAACUAGAGAUGUUUAUCAAGUUAUCAUCACAAAUAGACAGGACUGUUGUUCUUUCCGUUUGAAGAAUGCUGAAAUACGUGUUGGUGACAGUGAUACUUUCGAGAAUAAUACAGUCUGUGGUGAGAUGUUGGUUGCCAAAACAGCAAACCAAGAAACCAUUGUCAUGGAUUGUGGAUGUGGUCAACCGUUGAGAGGACGAUAUGUAAUUAUCCAACUGGUAGAUAAACUACAAAUGCUUCAGCUUUGUGAAGUAGAAGUAAUGUCCGGCUAAGAAUCUGAAUGUUGUUUUCAGUAUUUUAGUACAUUUUAUUUCUAAUUAUAAUAUUGUCAAGAUGCUUCACAAAGUAACAUCUAUAAAUUAUUCGGUGUGUAGGUUGUAACUUGUUUAAUAUCAAUAAAUAUCACUUAAUCAUUG